UCUGUCAGAAUCAACCUCUUCAACUUCAACAGUUACAACCACUGUCCCCAAAACCAUCGGAAUGGAAACAAUGAAAGAUGAGACUACAACUACUGUUAGAGCUACGACUGAGGCUGAAACCACAACCAAAACAACAACGACGGCAAAAAUAACAAAGUUGGCCACUCCCAUCACAAAAGAAACCUGCAGCGACGUUCUGACACCGUUCACAUCUCGACGUUUGGAGGUAGAUGGCCAAAUGCCUGCUACACGCAUACUGAGAGUUCCCUUCACAACUCCAGUAACACUAACGGAAGUGAUGCUGCAAGGAGAUGCACAGGGCAAUGCUAUAGAGAGCUUCAAUGUGAGAUAUAGGCUGUAUGAGGGAGACAAAACACUGGAACUUCAGGGCGAUUCCGGUCCGAAGGUAUUCAACGUGCCCUGGGAUGUGGAUGUGACAAACCCGGUCACGGUACCCUUGCCAUUCACCGAACUGGAUAACCUCAUUGAAAUAACUCUCUACAACUUGAUUGUGCCAGAGAACAAGGCAGUCAGCUUCAUAGCUGAAUUCCAUGGCUGUGUCAAAUUGCCCAUAAUAACACCCUCGACAACUACGCUGGUCACAACCACCACCUCCACAACAACUGCUCCAACCAGCACUGCGCCAGAGAUGUUGAACACGAUGCAGUCAUCAACUGUGACCACUACCACAGCUAAGGCUACGACCACAGAAGUUACCAGACAGACUGUAAAGAAAGUGACCGAACCAGAAAAACUAUGCGACAAAGAUCUGUCCAAGUUUGACGAAAUCACUGUGACAAGAUCCACUGACCUUGGCUCGAUGAGCGCGAGUGAGCCAUGGAGACCGUCCAAUGGGAAUCCCAAGCUGACUGUAACUUUCGACCCACCUGUUGUCGUUCGAUCGCUGACUGCAGAGCAGGAUGAUGACUUUGAUUUCAUGGUACUUUACCUCUUGCCCGGAUCGAGCACUAAAUACAUCAUCAAGGAUUCAAAUGGCAAAUUGAAGCUGUUCAACGGUGGUGCAGAUCCAGUGAAACAGUAUCUACCUGAAGAUAUGGUAGAAAUUCAAGCGCUGGAACUCCUUUACCGAUCCCAGAUCAGUGCUGAUCCAGAUAGUGGUCCUGAAGUCAACCUGAACCUGUUUGGUUGUUUUGACCAUUUGACAACUACAGCAGUCACAACAACAGUGAGCAAAGUUGAGACAACACCCAAAGAGACAAUGAAACCAACUGUGGAAAUAAAGACAACAACAGAACGAGUUUCUCUGUCUCCAACCCAGAAGGUCAUCAUAACUGCAACAUCCAUACCAGGAAAAGAAACCUCAACUGUGAAGGAAACCAUUUCUUCAGCUGAGACUGUAACAGAAAGUGUCUCGGAAACAAAAGAGGCUGGUGUGACCUCAUUCAAAGCAUCUACAACUGUGACCACACAAAAUCCACUAACGACCACACUAGGCAUUUGCACGGAGAAUCUGGAGACAUCCCCAGCCCUGAUCGGCAUUGAUAUCGAGAGAACAACCUCCAUGCCAGACAAUGGCGAGUCUAGCUUCAGAACAGCUGACGUAUGGAUACCGAGUGUAUCUGAUGAUGGCACUGUACCCUACGUGAAACUCCAAUCUGACUACCCCCUCAGACUCAACGCCCUGAAGAUGGCUGGCGAUGGCCGCGGAAAUGGCGUGACCCAAUUCCGCCUGAAAUACCUCCCAGUUGGCUCCGAGACAGAGACAUAUUACAAAGACAGCACCACUGGGGUAGUCAAGACAUUUUCUGGACGCCUGACCACACAAUCAAGCAAACCUGUAUGGGUGUACUUGAAAGAACCUACUGAGCCCAUUGAGUCUCUCACAGUAGAGAUUACAGCAUAUCAGGGCACGCAACCUGCCCUCAGAAUAGACUUCUUCGGCUGUGCAGGACAACCAAUGACAACCACAAAACAAUCCACAUUUGAGAGGGUCACAUCUGCAGAAAAGGUCGUAACAACUGUGACUGAAUCAAUAAACAAUGUUGUUACAAGCACAAAGCAGACAAUUGAGCUACUGGGGACCACAACUGAAAGCACCACCACUGAGGGGCCACAGACACCUCAUGUGGGCGUUACCGUAGCCCCAACGGAAGAAGAGGGCGGCACCACAGAGAUGGCUACCACAGCAGAGACUACCACGACCGAAGCCCCUGGCUGCAUGUACAAUGGCAGAAUGUACCAGUACGGCGAAGAGCUGCCAUCACGUGAUCCAUGUUCCAGAAGGCUUUGUGAAUUGGGAGCUGGAAUCCUUGAAAUACGGGAAGAGUGUGACCUCAGAUGUGAUGGGAAACUACGGUAUGUUGAGGAGCAGUGCUGCCCAAUAUGUGAGAAAGAAUCUAGGCAAUGUCUCCGAGAGAGCAAACUGGAAACACUGAGAAUCGGCAAUUGCGUCUCUGAAGAACCUGUGCAGUUCACCUAUUGCAACGGCGGAUGCCCGUCUCGGGCAUUCAUUGACAUGUUGCCAGGGAGGGCAGAACUCAGCCGAGAUUGCCGAUGCUGUCAGCCUUCGACUAUGGGCGUCCGAGAGACCAGACUGAACUGUGACGGUGUCAUGCAGGAAUACAGCUACCAGGUCAUCGAAACUUGCAGCUGUGAAGUGUGUACCUUCAGUCUGCCCAACCAACCAGAAAAUUCUGACAACAGCGGCCAGCCACCAAAUGGUCGAUAAACGCCGAACUUUACAAACACACGUACUGUGCUGAGCAGUUAUGGACACUCAUAGAUCUAGUUAAAUGCAGGUAUUUUUCUCUUCCAAUCAAGUGCUUGCCUCCGGUCCCACUUAUGAAAUAAUAUAUGUUGUAUUGAAUUGCCUUAAGUUGAAGGAAAAAAUUGAUAUAGUUUCCAAAUUUUUUAAUAAAGAAAAGGUGAAGGGGGGUCUUUUUUUAUUUGCUUAAAUAUUAGGUAGUGUGGAUAUUUACCUGCAAAGCACAGUACUUCUGAAUUGCUAAAAUAUGUCAAUGGAAAUGACAAAGACUGUUAUUAUGAAUACCUUAAUGUAUGUAGAAUUAAUUAAUUUAUGAGUUUAUUUAAAGUUAAAGAUAUAUAUUUUUUUCUUCUCAAGAAUCUUGAAGAGUGCAAUAUGAGUCCUCAUAUGUUUGAAAAAAAAUCCUCUUUUACUAAAAUCCACAAGAUGUCAAAAUGAUAUUUUAGUUUAACCCAUUAGCCCUCAAAGCACCUGCAACCGCCCUGCCAUUUACUCCUAAAACCCCCAGACCAUCCCAGCACUUCUUGAUUUUUGGAGGAGUAAAUACAAUGUUGUACAACUUCAUGAAAGCACUUAGUGGUUAAGUUAACUGAAAUGUAACAAAACAACAAAUAUGAACAAAUUGUCCAAAAUGUUUAUUCAAAGUGCAAUAGACCUGCCAAAGAAGAUUUUGCUUAUUAAAUGACAUGAUUAUUGUUAUAUAUUCUUGUUUUCAGAAAUGAGGCUCACUAUACACAAACAUCAGUUCAUUGUAUCAACUUCAAAUCCAUUUUCACAAUUUUCACAAUGUUUUGGAGAUGACACCCUGAUAAUUGUUCAGGAAAGCAAAAGGUGUCACACACAUCCAUAUUUAUGCUACCGUGUUACUCAAUCGGAUAGGCCUACUAAGUUAAUUUUAUUGAGUCAUGAAAAACCCUAAGGGCGUUCAUCGGAAUAUUUUUUUUUUUACACAUUUCUUUUUUCAUUCUUUUUCAAAUCUACCUAUGAUGUCUUUUUAUUUGUAAAGGGUUGAUAUCACUGAUUUUUUGACAUCCAUUAUUUUUUGCAACACAAGACCCUCACGGAGUU